UACAGUCAGCACUGAUUGGCUGUUAGCACGGAGGUGGGCGUGGCUAUCCGCAGCCAGGGAAGUGUAGAGCUGCGCCGCUGCCGUAUAUCGCCUAACAGCUUCCGGUACGCAGCAGCGCGUCCUCACCGGUACACCGAGAGCUGUGAGCCAGGUGACAGCGGAGCCUGCUCGGUGUGAGCCGGUACCAGGAUCCUGCCCGUGCAGUAACGUGUGCUGUGAUUCCGCGGUUCGUCAGGGGUUGGGACCGGGAUUUCUACCGCAACAAGUCCCUGGUGCUGAAUGCAGGGCUCGACUAGCCCGGCGGGGGAGACCCCUGAGCGCCGGUAAAGGAGGUGGCUAUGACGGCAGCGGCUGAGGCGGCGGUAGCGGUGGACAGGUGUGUGACAUCGGGUUGGAAGAUUAGGAGUGACGGCUGUGCCUGGGAAGGAGGAGGGGGAUCUACGCUGCCCGACAGCGGCUCGGCUGUGACGGCGUCAACAUUUCAUAAAACAUCUAACACUGAAAAUGUUACAAUGAUUCCUGUGUUGACUUCGAAAAAAGCAAGUGAAUUGCCAGUCACUGAUGUUGCUUGGAUUCUUAAGGCUGAUCUUCAGAGUGGGCUAACAAACUCUGAGGUUUGUCACCGGCGCAUCUCCCAUGGAUGGAAUGAAUUUGAUAUUGGGGAAGAUGAGCCAUUGUGGAAAAAAUAUAUUGCACAGUUUAAAAAUCCGCUUCUCAUGCUCCUGCUGGCCUCUGCUGUUAUCAGCAUCUUAAUGCAUCAGUUUGAUGAUGCCGUCAGUAUCACUGUGGCAAUACUUAUUGUUGUCACCGUUGCCUUUGUUCAGGAGUAUCGGUCUGAAAAAUCAUUGCAAGAGCUGAGCAAGCUAGUACCACCAGAAUGCCACUGUGUAAGGGAGGGAAGAUUGGAACAUAUGCUUGCCAGAGAAUUGGUGCCUGGGGACACAGUCUGUCUGUCAGUCGGAGACAGAGUUCCUGCUGACUUGCGGUUAUUUGAGGCAAUGGAUCUGUCUGUAGAUGAGUCCAGUCUAACUGGAGAGACUGCUUCGUGUUCAAAGUCUACAGCCCCUCAGCCAGCUGCUAAUAAUGGGGAUUUAACCUCCAGAAGCAACAUCGCCUUCAUGGGAACACUUGUUAGAUGUGGCAAAGCAAAGGGAAUUGUCAUUGGAACUGGAGAAAACUCUGAAUUUGGCGAGGUGUUCAAAAUGAUGCAAGCUGAGGAGGCACCCAAGACACCACUGCAGAAGAGCAUGGAUAUUCUAGGAAAGCAGCUCUCCUUGUAUUCUUUCGGCAUCAUUGGUAUUAUUAUGCUGGUAGGGUGGCUACAAGGAAAGCAUAUACUUGAUAUGUUUACAAUUGGUGUAAGUUUGGCGGUGGCAGCUAUCCCUGAAGGACUUCCCAUUGUAGUGACUGUAACAUUGGCCCUUGGCGUGAUGCGAAUGGUGAAGAAGAGGGCGAUUAUAAAGACAUUACCCAUUGUAGAAACUCUUGGUUGCUGUAACGUUAUCUGUUCAGAUAAAACUGGAACAUUAACCAAGAACGAAAUGACUGUAACACACAUAUUUACAUCAGAUGGCAUUCAUGCAGAGGUUUCAGGUGUUGGUUACAAUCGCUUCGGGGAAGUGACUAUUGAUGGCGACGUUAUUCACGGCUUCUGUAACACAUCAAUAAGCAGAGUGGUGGAAGCAGGCUGUGUGUGCAAUGACGCUGAAAUAAGGAAUACCACAUUAAUGGGCAAGCCAACCGAAGGGGCUUUAAUUGCUCUUUCUAUGAAGAUGGGCCUUGAGGGUCUUCGAUUUGACUAUAUCCGGAAGGCGGAGUACCCAUUCAGCUCUGAGCAGAAGUGGAUGGCUGUGAAAUGCUUACACAGAACCCAGCAGGAUAAACCAGAGAUUUGCUUUAUGAAAGGUGCUUAUGAGCAAGUAAUUAGAUACUGCACAACAUACAACAGCAAAGGCCAGAGCUUACCUCUCACUCAACAACAGAGAGACCUGUACCAUCAGGAGACGGCGUACAUGGGCACUGCUGGGCUACGAGUUAUUGCUCUGGCAUCUGGGCCAGAAUUGGGGCAUCUGACUUUCCUGGGUUUGGUGGGAAUAAUUGACCCUCCACGAACAGGUGUGAAGGAAGCAGUGACUGCUCUCAUUAGUUCUGGAGUAGCCAUUAAAAUGAUAACCGGAGAUUCCCAGGAAACAGCUGUGGCCAUUGCUAGCCGCCUAGGCUUCUAUUCUAAUGGCCUGCAAUCUCUUUCUGGGGAGGAGGUGGAUACAAUGGACAUUCAACAGCUCUCCCAAAUAGUACCUAAGGUAUCUGUGUUUUACCGAGCCAGUCCGAGACACAAAUUAAAAAUUGUAAAGAGUCUACAGAACCUUGGUGCAGUUGUUGCCAUGACUGGUGAUGGGGUGAAUGAUGCUGUGGCUUUAAAAGCUGCCGACAUUGGAGUGGCAAUGGGCAAAACGGGAACGGAUGUCUGUAAAGAAGCAGCGGACAUGAUCCUGGUGGAGGAUGAUUUUCAUACAAUAAUGUCUGCAAUUGAAGAGGGAAAAGGGAUCUACAACAACAUUAAAAACUUUGUUCGCUUCCAGCUUAGCACGAGUAUCGCUGCACUGACUUUAAUAUCUCUUGCAACAUUAAUGAACUUUCCUAACCCCCUCAAUGCCAUGCAGAUAUUAUGGAUUAAUAUAAUAAUGGAUGGUCCUCCAGCUCAAAGCCUUGGUGUGGAGCCGGUGGACAAGGAUGUUAUUAGGAAGCCACCAAGAAACCUUAAGGACAGUAUUCUAACCAAGAACUUGAUAAUUAAAAUUCUCAUCUCUUCUAUUAUCAUUGUGUGCGGUACUUUAUUCGUCUUCUGGAGAGAGCUGCAGGAUAAUCUAAUCACACCAAGAGACACAACAAUGACUUUUACCUGCUUUGUGUUUUUUGAUAUGUUCAAUGCACUAAGUUCACGAUCACAGACCAAAUCUGUGUUUGAGAUUGGCUUGUGCAGUAACAAAAUGUUCUGUUAUGCAGUUCUUGGUUCUAUCAUGGGUCAGUUACUCGUCAUUUAUUUCCCGCCUCUACAAAAAGUUUUUCAGACUGAAAGUCUCAGCAUUCAAGAUAUCCUGUUCUUAAUAGGACUUACAUCUUCUGUAUGUAUUGUGUCAGAAAUCAUAAAAAAAGUAGAACGCAGUCAAGAGGGCCUUCAGAAGCGCAAAGGAUCUCUGUCCGCCUUGUUCCUUGAUGUAUGAUGCAUAUUGCAUUGUUUGUAAACUAUAUAUUGGGAGGUAGUGCUUACAUUUCCAGGUACUAUGAAGACUGCGGGACAGAGUGAACUACUCAGGAAUGACAAACCAUGAUGGAUAUAUUUGGAAAACGGUGUGCUUCUGAAGAGCGUAUUGCACAAUACAAGAGAAAAUUAAUGUUUUGGAACCAUUCAAGUAUUCAGACUCCUGAUGUUAUGCAGAACUGACUUAAAAGAAAAACUUUUCCUGUGUUGGUUUCUGCCUUUUCUCUACACCAAAACUUUGGUUUAAGGGUUGUUUUUGUACAGGCAACAUCCUUAUGUCGUCAAAUAAUUUUUUAUAUGUAUAUAAUUCUGCUUCUUGGUGGGUUUUUAUUAAAAUAAAGUUUUCUAAUGUCUAGAACGCAGUGUAAGUGAAAUGCACAGUAUUUGCCAAGUUUCCCCUGAUCAUAUUUAUUUUCUGUUACUGCACAUGAUCUGCUAAUUAAAUAUAUAUUUACAUUGCAAAGGAGGGAACCACUGUAGAUACAGAUUGUGCUCUUAAACUUUGUCUUAUUAAAUGUCUGCAGCCACCGUGUCAUCAGUCAGUAGAUAGAUCCAAUGACGCCUAUUGCUGCAUGCACAUGGUGGGUGUCAAAACAGAGGCAAUGGACAAGAGGGUAUCCGAACUAUAGAUCUACACUAAAAAGGUCUACAGUCAAUAGAUCUGCCACUAAUGGUAGACAUACAUUAGGUCAACAGGGCCAUACUUUACUACAGGGGUUCCAAAACUGUGUGCCGUGGCUCCCUGGGGUGCCUCGGGACACUUGUAGGGGUGCCCUGGGUUGGUGGUCCAGGACCAAUUCAAAUUAUUCAUGGUCAAUAUAAUAGGCAAAACCAAUGCUGGUGGCUGCCAGUCAUAAAAUAUGUGGCCAAACAGAAGCAAAUCUUGUCCCUCACCACACAACUGACCCUAAGGAUGACAUAUAAACGCGAUCUACUUAAUGUAAUAUUUCUUUCUAAAUUUCUCAAUAAGACAUUUUUGGCCUAGGGGUGCCUAUCCACGUGGACUACGAUUGGGAAUAGCAACCUUGCCUGAAGCAUGGUGAGUGAAGCCGGGAAGCUGUACACUAAUGGGGCAUGCAUGGGGCAGAAAAGUGACAAAAACAUCCCCCAAAAAAUAUAAAAAAAAUUGUCUACUUUUUUUGUGUACACCAUUUCCAUGUCAACCUUUUGCCCAUGUCGACCUUUUCUACUGUCUACCUAUUCUAUGUCGACCUUUUGCCCGUUGACCUUUGCCCGUUGACCUGCUAUUAGUGGCAGGCCUAUUGACUGUAGACCUUUUUAGUGUCGAUCUAAUAAUCCACACCCAGGUAAGAGCUACUUCAGCAAUCAUUAUUUUAAAUAGAUGUUUUAUUGAUGUACUGCAUUAUUGUGUCAAAACAAUAUUGAUUGCAUUAUUUUGUCAUUCUUUUAUUUUCCAGUGUUUGCACAGCUAACUGUACCAUACAUUUGUUACCAUACUGGAAAUAUGAAAUGGUGUAAUCUUUCUUUACUUUUAUUUGCUACUGUCCGUAAAUCUAGAAUGUUCUUUUGCUGCAUUUUUCUUUAUGCAGAUCACCUACCCUCAAUUAUGUGUGUAUCCUUAAAUCAUGCCGCCAUUUUGAGAUUGUGUGUAUGCAGAUUACAAAUAUAUAUUUCUUUUAUUAGCCAACAAAUCUACUAAUAGGGUUUAUUUUCUCACUGUAUAAAUGUGCAGUAAAAUAUUGUAAGUUAUUCUGUAAAUAUAACUUCUCUGCAUUUUUGUAUAUACUUUUUUUUUUUUUAUCUUGUUCAGCUGAUGUCAAAUUAAACAUUCUUUAUACUGUAGUUUACAAAUACUAUGUAGUGGUAUACUGUAUAUUGAUUGAAUAUCCCUAGGAUGCAUUACCAAAUAAUUUCAACGUUUCACCUCUAGAACGUAGAAAUGCACUGGUUUUCUGCAGCAUAAUUUGUAUCCCUUUUUUUAUGUUCCUUGACUUUGCCCUGUUUAAUUAUUCAAACUUUUAUUGAAAUUAAACGCAUACUACAAUGCAAUAUAA